CGCCCCAAAUCGGAAGUGACGGAAACGAGCUAGCGCGUCGAAGAUACCUCUAUGGUUUUCCUCCCGUGCUUGAGUCGGGAAAUGGCCGCUGUGUAGUUACAACGGAGAUAAGUCCCGGGAACCGUGCUUUCGGCGUUUCAGGAAUUUGAAUUCAGAGUUUAAUUUCUCAGAACGUUUUCUCCAGGAAGAAUUUUAACAACAUCUCAAAGACUUCACUUGACUGCUUAAUCCUGAAUAAAACCCAAGGAGAAAAGAAAUGGGUCGCUCCAAUUCUAGAUCACAUUCUUCGAGAUCAAAGUCUAGAUCACAGUCUAGUUCUCGAUCAAGAUCAAGAUCACAUUCUAGAAAGAAGAGAUACAGUUCUAGGUCUCGUUCCAGGACAUACUCAAGAUCUCGUAGUAGAGAUCGUAUUUAUUCUAGAGAUUAUCGUCGAGAUUACAGAAAUAAUAGAGGAAUGAGACGGCCUUAUGGGUACAGAGGAAGGGGCAGAGGGUAUUAUCAAGGAGGAGGAGGUAGAUACCAUCGAGGUGGUUAUAGACCUGUCUGGAAUAGAAGACACUCUAGGAGUCCUAGACGAGGUCGUUCACGUUCCAGGAGUCCAAAAAGAAGAUCCGUUUCUUCUCAAAGAUCCCGAAGCAGAUCUCGCCGGUCAUAUAGAUCUUCUAGGUCUCCAAGAUCAUCCUCUUCUCGUUCUUCAUCCCCAUAUAGCAAAUCUCCUGUCUCUAAAAGACGAGGGUCUCAGGAAAAACAAACCAAAAAAGCUGAAGGGGAGCCCCAAGAAGAGAGUCCUUUGAAAAGUAAAUCACAGGAGGAACCGAAAGAUACAUUUGAACAUGAUCCAUCUGAAUCUAUUGAUGAGUUUAACAAAUCAUCAGCCACAUCUGGUGAUAUUUGGCCUGGCCUUUCAGCCUAUGAUAACAGUCCCAGAUCUCCUCAUAGUCCUUCACCGAUUGCUACACCACCUAGUCAGAGUUCGUCUUGCUCUGAUGCCCCCAUGCUCAGUACAGUUCACUCUGCAAAAAACACCCCCUCUCAGCAUUCACAUUCCAUUCAGCAUAGUCCUGAAAGAUCUGGGUCUGGUUCUGUUGGAAAUGGAUCUAGUCGGUACAGUCCUUCUCAGAAUAGUCCAAUUCAUCAUAUCCCUUCACGAAGAAGCCCUGCAAAGACAAUCACACCACAGAAUGCUCCAAGAGAUGAGGCUAGGGGACGUUCUUCAUUUUAUCCUGAUGGUGGAGAUCAGGAAACUGCAAAGACAGGAAAAUUCUUGAAAAGGUUCACAGAUGAAGAGUCUAGAGUAUUCCUGCUUGAUAGGGGUAAUACCAGGGAUAAAGAGGCUCCAAAGGAGAAAGGAUCAGAGAAAGGGAGGGCAGAGGGAGAAUGGGAAGAUCAGGAAGCUCUAGAUUACUUUAGCGAUAAAGAGUCUGGAAAACAAAAGUUUAAUGAUUCCGAAGGGGAUGACACAGAGGAGACAGAGGACUAUAGACAGUUCAGGAAGUCAGUCCUUGCAGAUCAGGGUAAAAAUUUUGCUACUACAUCUCACCGGAAUACUGAGGAGGAAGGACCCAAGUACAAGUCCAAAGUUUCACUGAAAGGCAAUAGAGAAAGUGAUGGAUUUAGAGAAGAAAAAAACUAUAAACUUAAAGAGACUGGCUACGUAGUGGAAAGGCCUAGCACUGCAAAAGAUAAGCACAAGGAAGACGACAAAAAUUCUGAAAGAAUAACAGUAAAGAAAGAAACUCAGUCACCUGAGCAGGUAAAGUCUGAAAAGCUCAAAGACCUCUUUGAUUACAGUCCCCCUCUACACAAGAAUCUGGAUGCACGAGAAAAGUCUACCUUCAGAGAGGAGAGCCCACUUAGGAUCAAAAUGAUAGCCAGUGAUUCUCAUCGACCUGAAGUCAAACUCAAAAUGGCACCCGUUCCACUUGAUGAUUCUAACAGACCUGCUUCCUUGACUAAAGACAGGCUACUUGCUAGUACACUUGUCCAUUCUGUCAAGAAAGAACAAGAAUUCCGAUCCAUCUUUGACCACAUUAAGUUGCCACAGGCCAGCAAAAGCACUUCAGAGUCAUUUAUUCAACACAUUGUGUCCUUGGUUCAUCAUGUUAAAGAGCAAUACUUCAAAUCAGCUGCAGUGACUCUAAACGAGAGGUUCACUUCGUAUCAGAAAGCCACUGAAGAACAUAGUGCCAGGCAAAAGAGCCCUGAGAUACACAGGAGAAUUGACAUCUCUCCAAGUGCCCUGAGGAAGCAUACUCGUUUAGCAGGAGAAGAGAGAGUUUUUAAAGAAGAAAAUCAAAAGGGAGAUAAAAAAUUAAGGUGUGAUUCUGCUGAUCUUCGGCAUGACAUUGAUCGUCGGAGAAAAGAAAGAAGUAAAGAACGGGGGGAUUCCAAGGGCUCCAGGGAAUCCAGUGGAUCAAGAAAGCAGGAAAAAACUCCAAAAGAUUACAAGGAAUACAAAUCUUACAAAGAUGACAGUAAACAUAAAAGUAGAGAGCAAGAUCAUUCUCGAUCUUCAUCAUCUUCAGCGUCACCUUCUUCUCCCAGUUCUCGGGAAGAAAAGGAGAGUAAGAAGGAAAGAGAAGACGAGUUUAAAACUCACCACGAACUGAAAGAAUACUCAGGCUUUGGAGGAGUUAGCCGACCACGAGGAACCUUUUUUCGAAUUAGAGGCAGAGGAAGAGCCAGAGGAGUUUUUGCUGGGACAAAUACUGGUCCAAACAACUCAAAUACUACUUUUCAAAAGAGACCGAAGGAAGAGGAAUGGGAUCCAGAAUAUACCCCAAAGAGCAAGAAGUACUUCUUGCAUGAUGACAGAGAUGAUGGUGUGGAUUAUUGGGCCAAAAGAGGAAGAGGUCGUGGUACUUUUCAACGUGGCAGAGGGCGCUUUAACUUCAAAAAAUCAGGUAGCAGUCCAAAAUGGACUCAUGACAAAUACCAAGGGGACGGGAUUGUUGAAGAUGAAGAAGAGACCAUGGAAAAUAAUGAAGAAAAGAAGGACAGACGCAAAGAAGAAAAGGAAUAGUAAAUCUGAAGUGAGAUUGCAACAGAGAGCAGAACUUGCACCCACCAUUUUUUUACCUGAUUUUUGUUUUCAAAUAAGAAUGUAAGCAUUUUACUUAAAUUUUACUGUUUGCAAGUAGUCAAUAGAAAUUUUGUUUUAAGUCUUCAAAUAUCUUGAAAAAUAGUAGACUGUAUGUUGAAAAUUGUACUGAAAUAAAGUAGAAAAUUGUUACGUACCAUAUUUGUAACUAUCAACUUUUAAAAAAAUACUUUUACUGUUUUUGUUACAUGCAUUGUAAUUCGCUUUGUCUAUAAGAUAUGGUCAAGUACAGCUCUGUGAAAGUUCUGAUUCUCUUCCUUCCCUGUUUGUUAAUGUUUAUUCUGAAGUAAACGUUAGCUCUACAUACAAAUCCCUGGACAGAAGUUGUUUAUAGAGACCACACUAAUUAUUUUAACUAUAUACAUCUGUUUAACAUUCUCCUUAAUUCAAACACACUACAUUGUAGGGUGACUAAUUUUUGAGGUGUACCACAGAAAAGGUUCUUACUUUGGCAAACUAAGCUAAUUUAACACGUCAGCAAAUGUUUAAAAAGAGAAAAAAGCUUUAUCAAUAGUUAAAAAGUACAAGCUAUUAAAAGAUUGAAAAUUACGAGAAAUUUUUUUUUUUUUUUUAAUUGAAAGCAAGCAGUGGCCUAUAAAACCAUUCUUAGGAGCCUUUACUUUUGGGGCUGAAAAUUCAAUGUUUUUUCUAUUCUUAUUUGAAAGUUUGAGUCAUGGUCUUAGAUAUCAGCUAAUCUUUGAGAGAGGAACUGGUCUGUAAUAAUACAGAUGACAAAAUCCAUUCUUACUGAUCAUCUUCUAAGAAACAGAACAAAACCUGUAAUCCUGGUGUUGGUGUGGAAGAGGAUUGUCCUGCAGAAUAAGUUGAUACAUUAAAAAGAUGUACCUGAUUUCAUAUCUUACAUAUUUAUUUGAGCUUUUGGACAGCUGAAACAUUAGUUUGUAGUCUAACCAUAAGGAAAAAUAGGCAAAAAAACCAUUAUGUUAAUUAGUAUUUUAAGUAACUUGUUUUUCAAUAAAAAGUUUUGACAGGAAGUUUGUUGCAGCAUUGGUCUAACUUGGUUUUUACUUUUUCCCUAUUUUCAGUUGCAGUUUAUAAAAUGGCUUUUUCUUUUUCUUCCCAAGGGUUCUAUUCUUCAGGUAGAUAAUCUUUCAGAUGUGGAUUAUCUUUUUGUUUGUUUAUGCUGAUAGCUCUUAAGAUGAAAACUCAAAAUAGUAAAUUUCACUGUCAAGUCUCUGUCAGUGACCAUCUGUAAAAGUAGUCAAAUUUCAUUUGUUAAUUCAGGAACCAAGUUAGUUGUAUAUGUUUGCAUUAAAAGGAGGAAAUGCUUGUUCUGUUAAGUGUAAACUUUUUCAAAGAUCUUAAUAUAUGGAUCUUUCAUCCUUCGUGAUUUGCAGUGCUCCUAGCACCUUGAUUGCAGCCAAAGGCAUUUGCUAAGAACUGUAAGGGAAAAAUAAGAAAACAAAAUUCAAUAUACAUGAUGUUUAUGGCCCUAGGACCCUUAGUAUUGCAUGAUUUCUCCUAUUAAUUUUGUCUUUUCUGAAAUCGUUAGAGCAGAGGAAAUACUGUCAAAGCAAGUUUGUUGUUAUGUUAGUCAGGACACAGCUAAUAUUCUCCUAGUCAGAAGAAUACUUAAUUACAUGCGAAAGCAACAUGGAUUUAAUCUUCAACACAAGAAUUUUCAUAACCAUUUUAUUUUAUACAAAUAAACUUAGCUUUUAUUUUAAGUUAUUAUUUGGUUAGAUACUGGAUCUCUGUGCAUGACUAUAAAUGUGCAGUUUUGUUUUUCCACUUAAGACAAUAGGAAAAAGGGAAUUUGCUGAGAAAUUAUUUAAUAGGGAGUGGGAAUAAACCUACCAAAAUUCUAUCAGCAAGUUAUAUUUUAAGUGCAAAUGUGCUGAUUUAACCCAAAUAGAUACAUGAUUCGGUUACUUUUAUUCUAUUACACAAAAUUGAGGAAAGAGGAUUAUGCCAGAAUUUAGUAAGAAGGGUGAUAGAACUCUGCAGUAGGAUGCCAUUGUGGAUGUUCUCUUUUUCAGAGCCAAACAUAUGAAAAGCCUAUGUUGUGUUAAGCCACAUUUAACUCCACACUUCAUAACAUGUUACAAAGCUGAAUGGUAAGGGUAUUUGUUUACAAAUGACAGAAAAUAACUCUUUGAUACCUGCAUUAACAGACUUCCUUUUGCCUAGAGAAGGAAAAUAAAAAUGAACCAAAGGAUAUUUCCAGAAAGGAUUAAGAAACCUGUUUAAGAAGGCCAUGACUCAGUCUUUAGGUGUGUAUACCUUUCAACAUUCUAGGAAGUUUAAUAUAAAAUAGCAAAAUAUGUUUUUUCCAAUUGCAGCCUACUUUAAGGAAUUAACUAUUGUUCCCUUUUGUCACAGUUAAAAUCAAGUGUUGGGAAUUAAAUUAUAAUUUGAGUAAAAAUACUACCCAAUACGAACGAAUGUAGAUGGCUAAACGAUUCUUAGUGUGUUGUAUAUUGCAACAGGGACCCUUGUAAAUUGUCAUAUGCCAAUAAAAUGUCAUAAGUGGUAAUAGCCGUUGUUUGUUUACCUGAUUUUGAGACUAUUUCUGUGUCUGAUCUAUACAGCUGAUUUCUGUGACCUAUUUAUAGAUUUUUGAAUACCAACUCCUCUGUUAGUAAAAUUACUGGUAUGCUAUGGCUUUUUUGGGGGGUUGAUACAUACUUCACAAAACUCAAACCCCAUAUACUGUUAUUUUUUUGUUUUCCCUGGUAAUUCCAAGCUGUUAUUAGAGAAUACAGGAAUUCGAGAUUUCUAGUCUAGUUCUCCUGUUCUUGUGUUAAUACAAGAACUUGCCAGCCAUAAUAUUAUGGAGAAUCAGCAUUACUUCUCUUUUUAAAAACUAUAGUAGUACAUUAAUAACUAAAAAGAGGUUGGAUUUUGUUUUGUUAGACUAUAAUUUUGUGUAAAAUCUGGUGUAAUUCUUACCAUGCCCCUUUUAACAAAGUGGACCAUUCUGUCAACUUGAAAAAAAAAAGCAUUUUUCACAGACAUUUGUGUGCUAAGACCUAUAGUAUAUAUUUUGACUAAUAAUAUAUUAAGAGGCAAUUGGAGAAAAAAAGUUUAUUGUCAUGGGACUGUAUUAGUCUAGACUUAAUAGUCUCUGGAUAGAGAUCCUGAUACAUCCUUUAACAAAAUUUUAGAAUGUUAUCUGUUACCAUAUUAGGGUUAUCAAAUAGUUAAAACCAUUAUUACAUCUGAAUGUCAAGGGUUAUAUUAAUGAAGUUUUAAGCCAACAGGAUUUGUUAUUAUUCAGUUUCUUAGAAUCUCAGAGAUAUAUGGAAAUUUGUUUUUUCCAUUGUCUUACUCAAGAGCCUUUGAGAUUGUGUAGGUUUAUGAGCUGGACUCCUUAUAUUUCUGAAACAUUCAGUAAUGAUAAGUGUGUGUUGACUAUGCAGAUGAAGCCAAAGUUCUACAUUUAAUUAAGUCUUCUAGUUCUCUUUAUAUUGUUACGUCACAUCAUACUUUAGCCUUUAAAAAUGGAUCCCAUUGGUUAAAAAAAGAGACACAGACAUUAGGAUCUGUGUUUCCCACUACUAGAAAAAAAACUUCAAAUAAUGUUUCUUAAUUAUAAUCUCUGUGUAAGAAAAAUAUUCCCCCUGCUGCCCAAAAAUAUUUUUCCUACAGAUAUUUUGGAUGAUUUAAAACAGUUGAACCUAUUGGCAGCACUCUUAAGAUGCAGAAGAUAAUCUUGAUUCUUACAAGUAGAAAAGGAUUGGGCAAGUGGAUUUUAAUGCUACUCUCCUAAAAAUCAAAAUGAGAUUUUUCAUAGUAAUCUCUUGGGGUUGCCCAGCGUCCUGAUGCAGUAAUGAGUACUCCUUUUAGUAAAACUAGAUGAUAAUUAAGUACACCUUCAUAUUAAAUGACUUGGAAGGAUUUUUACUCACAGCAUGACCUGUGUAUUUGGCAGUGAUAACUUCUUGGUACUAUCAUUGUAAUGGCGAAUUUCAUGGAGUGCAUAAAGCCAUCGAAAAAGAAUACCAUUCUCAUCCUCCAGAAUAGUUGUUUACUUGCUACCUUAUCUAGCCCUUGACUAUGGAAGAUCAUAAUUUUUCUGUCUUAAUGUACCAGAAAGAGAAAGUAAUAAACUUUUUAUUAGGGUACUUCUAAAGCUGCCAUGGGGGGAAUGUUAAGUACUCUUUCAGUUUUUUGAAGGAAAUUGAGUAUCACACCAAAUGUAAGCAUGAAAAGAAAGUUACAAUAAAAUAUAAAAUUUAACUGGUUAAUGUCAGUAUAUACUUAUAGUGUGUGCAUACAUUUGGUGGUGAUACUUCUACUUCAAAAUCAGAGUGUUAAAUCAGAGUGUUGAUCUGCUUUUCACCCCUCUAAUACUGUGGUAAAGAUACCCCACUGCUGCAGUAGACUCCUGACUUGGACUCCUUAGCCCUUAAAUUUCAUCCUUUAGUUGCCGCCUGUGGGAUAUUUUUCAGCUGUAAAAUUGGUGUCAUUUUUAGCUAAAACCCUUCGAUGUCUUCUCUUGCCUAAAUAUUAGUCAAGAUGAACAACAUGAGCCAGUUUUUACCUUUAUGCUUUACCUACUUACCCAUCCCUUGUUCACUUACCUAUCUUAAAAUCUUACACCCUAGCAAAAAUUCUAAAUUCUUUUUAUGUCCUCAUUGAAUGUAGCACAUUCUUUUAGGCUAGCAACUCAUUCCAUUUAAAUGUCUUUAUUUGCCAGAAUAAAUGUUUAGCAAUUUGCAUUGUGUAUGGCAUACAUACAUAGGUAUGAAAUAAAUGCUCCUUGAAUGUAUAAUGAAAGCAUGAUAUAAUUGUAUAUGUAUAGAGGUAUGAUUAGCAUAAGCCUUUUUUUUUUUUUUUUUUUUUUUUUUUUGUGGCUGCUGCU